CGUGGUGAGUGGGAGUCCAGACACACCACAACAACCGGAGGGGACAGAUUUUCACCUUUGCCUGCUAUCCUGCAAUCUCCCUGCCUCAUCUACCGCCUUCAUCUUCACUGCUGCCUCAGAGAUGGCUGGCAGCUCUGCAGCCACCACAGCCCUCCUGCCUCCCGUGAAGAACGUGGUGGUGUACAGGAAUGGUGACCCCUUCUACAGUGGACGGAGGUUUGUGGUCAACCAGCGACAAGUGGGAAGCAUGGAGGCUUUUCUGAACGAGGUGACCCAGAACAUAGGUGCCCAGCUUGCCAUUAGGACCCUGUACACCCCGAGGCAGGGCCACAGGGUCGAAGACCUCCAGGACCUUCGGACGGGAGCCCAGUACGUCGCUGCUGGAUUUGAGAGGUUCAAGAAACUGGACUACCUGAACGUAGGAGCAAAAAAACAGCCUGCCACCCGUGAAGAACCCCAGGUUAAAGCAGCCCAGAGGCCAAAUGUUUCAGCUAAAUGGAGGAAGUUUAUAGCUGUGCCCUGCAUUAUACAUGUUUUCCGUAAUGGAGAUAUCCUGUGUCCGCCAUUUCGGUUCAUCAUUCCUCGGAGCAUGCAGCAGGAUCUGGAGCAGGUCCUGAGUCUAGUCACAGAGAAGGUCUGUCUGCGAACAGGAGCCGUGCGCAGGUUGUGUUCUUUGGAGGGAGUGACUGUGACCUCAGCUGGGGAGCUGGAGACCGGCCAUUGCUACGUUGCCGUGGGAACUGAGAAGUUUAAGAAACUUCCAUAUGUUGAGCUGCUGGUUUCAAAAGCUGCAGACAGAUAUUACCCAGGAAAGAGAAGACUG